AUGCUACGAACACCAUCGGCUCUGGCCUCGUUCACUAGAAGGAAGCUGCUUCACACGGCCCUCUUCUUUCCAGGACAUGGGGUCCAGCGGGUUGGCAUGGCGAACACCUGGAUGGACCAUUUCCCCCAUAAAACAACUCACGCUUUGAAUGAAAUGGAUUCUAUUCUUGGAUUCAAACUUUCGCGUAUCAUCCUUGAUGGGCCCAACUCCAAAUUGAAUCAGACCGAGAAUGCGCAGCCCGCGAUCAUGGCAGUCUCCGUUCUCAUCCUCCGAAUCCUCGAGGAGGAAUUUGGAUUCGAUACCAAAUCUCGCGUCGACGUUAUGCUGGGGCACAGCCUAGGAGAAUUCUCGGCCUUGGUGGCCGCAGGUUAUCUCCAAUUCGCCGACGCACUCAAAUUGGUCCGUCGCCGAGCCGAAGUGAUGGCUCGAUGCACACGACAGAUAAUGGAGCGGUCCGGCGAAAGCUACGGGAUGGUGGCUCUCAUUUGUGAGCCCGAUCGCCUGGAGGAUCUACUAAAGACGGUCUACGACUUUCUGGGGCUGGGAACCUCGCGCCUCGACGACACAAAUCACGCGAUGCCGCCGAUAUCAAAUGUGAUGGUAGCAAAUAUCAAUUCUCCCAAUCAGAUCGUCCUGAGCGGCAGUAUUCCACGAAUUAAAGCCCUUCUUGUCCAGCUGCGUCAGUUCGGCGGCCAUGACCCUCGUGCCGUGAGACUGAACAGUGACAGUCCGUUCCACAGUCCGGUGAUGUCUCCAGCAUCAGAUUACAUGAGCAACGCCAUCGAGAAUGUUGACAUCACGUUCCCUGGCAUGAUCCCGUGUGUUUCCAACGUCUCGGCGCUCCCUUUCCAGUCAAAAGAGGACCUCAUACAGCUACUGUCCCGACAAUGCACCGACACGAUUCGAUGGUGGGACAGUAUCCGCUAUCUCCAUCAGGAACGAGGAGUCCGAUGCUGGAUCGGAAUUGGACCGGGAAAGGUGGGUCGAAAUCUAGUUGGGAAGGAGGUUGGCCGGGUAGACACUAAGGGAGGUGGUGUCUGGGCGGUUUGCAAUCCUCGGGAAAUGGAGGAGAUGAUGGUUGCUUUAGAGGAAACACGCAAGAGCGUAGAUGCUCCGGUGCCAUGA